GUCAGAGUGCGUAAUCGGAAUAACAUACUUUUCCUCUUUGCGUGGAUAGGAAAAUUCUGAUGAUUAUUAGUAAGUAUUUAACAGUAUGCAUUUACAUUAUCAAGAUUAAUCCAAUUUUUCUCACCUGUGAUGAUCAUUAACUGUUUCACUGAACUCUCCCAAACUUUCCUGAACUCUCCCAAACUCCUUCUAUUAAACUCUCCCAAACACUAUACACUCCCCCAAACUCCCUAAACUCAAAAACACUAAACUCUCAAACUUUCUCAUCAUCCACAAAAUUAAAAAUACCCGAACUCUCCCGAGAACUAACCCCCUGUUAGUUAACUCUUGUACCCAAACACACCCUGUUAAUUGUGUAUCCAGCAACGCUUUUAUGAAGAGUUUUCUUCCAAACGGAAUACAAAAAUGGCGGAAUUAGUAAAGAGCAAAGAGAUGAUAAAAUUUUUGGAAUCGGGAAUUUACCGAUUUAUCUCAAAUUUUACUUUUAUGGAUCCUGUUCGAGUUCUUAAUGCUUCUGAUUAUACUCAGUUUAGGGUUUCUCAUUCUGUUUACUACAACCGAUUCUUCGAAUGUGAAGACAAGGAAAAAACUAGGGUUUCAACGAGUUCUAAGAAACGAAAACGGAAAGAAAGAAAACCUUAUACUCUUAAUGAAAGAGAGCGUUCUGCAGAUCAACGUCACCAGGAAGCAAAGCCACUGUUAUUGAAGGCACAUGAAGUUUUAUUAGGAGCUAAAGAUCUUUUACAUUGUAUUAGUAACUUAAAAAGUGAUGGUGGAGAUGAUGAUAGUUGUUGUUCGAAUGGGAUUAGAGAGUCAUGUGUUGAAGAUAGGAAAAAACAAUCCUUUGUCGAGCUUGGAAGUGUUUGGCAAGCUCCUUUAUAUGAAAUUUCUAUAAAUCAUCGGGAAGAAAAUAUGACCACAGCCGAUUCAGGUUCAUCCCUUGGCGUGUCAAGAUUAGUGCCAGCAUUUAAUAACCUAGUCAUGAAUGAGAGUUGUGAUGAUGUGGAGGCAAAAAUCUUGAAUAACCGUUAUGUUUUGCCUGGAAAUAGCUGCUUCUAUAUGUCAGACUUGAAGCAGAUUCAUGACCUGAUUCCUGCUGAUACUGAUAGCGGAUUCAAUCUUAUUGUAAUUGAUCCACCAUGGGAGAAUGGGAGUGCAAGACAGAAAUCAUUGUACCCAACAUUGCCUAAUCGAUACUUCUUGUCCCUUCCGAUUAAACAACUUACUCACACAAAAGGAGCUCUUGUGGCCUUGUGGGUUACGAAUAGAGAGAAAUUGCGAACUUUUGUGGAGAAAGAACUAUUCCCACUGUGGGGUGUCAGUUACUCAGCUAUCUUUUACUGGUUGAAGGUGAAAGCAGAUGGGUCGCUGAUCAAUGAGCUAGACCUCUUCCAUCAUCGUCCUUAUGAGUGCCUUCUUUUAGGUUAUUGUCAUGGGGAGGAAAUGAAUACUGAGCUUACUUCUACAUAUAAGCGUCUGGAAGAAAAUCAAGUUAUCAUCAGUGUCCCCGGGGAGUACUCAAGGAAACCCCCAGUUGGAAAGUUGCUAAUGGAUUAUCUGCCAGGAACCGGGCCAGCACGAUGUAUUGAACUCUUUGCUAGAGAAAUGUUUGCUGGAUGGACUUCUUGGGGAAAUGAACCUCUCCACUUUCAGGAGUUGAGUUACUUUGUGAACAGGAGUAUGAAUGAUGGGUAGGGUAAUCAAAUCCUCUACCGAGAAAACUCGUUUUCUUUUCGGGAUGUACCUUCUUAAAAACAAAAGGGGGAUCUUACAUCGGAAUUAUUGAAGGAAAGAUUCAGUUCGAACUGGAGACAUAAAUGUCUUUCAUCGUGGAGUUAAACGAACUCGCGGAUCAACAAUAGAUCACUUAGAAGCACCAUGAGCUAGGUGUCACCCUGAGCACAUAAAUCGAGAAAAUGGUUCUUCUCGGGUAAAAGGAUGAUUAGAUGUCGUGUUUUCCAACUAAGGGACGACAAAAUACUAGUUUUGAACCAUGUUAAUGUUUUAAGUGUGUUCGAAAAUCAGAAUAUCAUUUAUGGUCGUGAAAAUUCCAUUUGCUCAAUUUUACGUCUUGUUAAU